CAACCAAAGCUCUUGGUAAUCAGUAUCUCUGCUAUCUUUCCUACCUGUGCCCAAACCUUUAAAUCUCCUCCAAACUUGAGAUUAUGGAUGGCCAGAAGAAGAAACACACCACUCCCGGUGAGGUCUCCUUUUCUUCUUACCUUAGCACCGCCGAAGAGAUCUUUGUGCAUAAGUUUGCAGAGCCUGGGAUUAAGCAUCCCCAGGUUGCCAUUGGACGAUUACAAAGAAAUAAGAGCCCGGUGGGUGAAAUUAGAGUCUUCGGAGCUGAAAAACACUUCGAUACGAAACUCGGUGACAUCAACGACGACGAGGAUGACCGGCAGCGCCAGAUGGGUUCACGGUGGCGGCCCGGGACACCGAGUGCGAGUUCCGAAGCGAGUUGGAGUAGUCAAAGUGUUUUGUUACGAAGUUUCAUGAGGGAUCGAUCCUUGAACAAGGAAAAAAGGGUUGAUGGAAGGAGUUUUUUCUCUAAUCUUAGCUGCACCGGGUCUUGUUCCAAUGGGAAAUCUGUUCACGUCGAUCAAAUUAACGUUGAUCGUGGAAGGGUUCAUGCUAAAGAAGUGAGAAGGAAAUUGAUUCAAGUGAAAGAUGUGUUUCAUCAGAGGAGUGUUCGAUCUAACAGAGAAGCGUGUUUUCCGAAACUCGAAACACAGUUUGAUGAUCCAAGGAAAUCACUCGAAGUGUUCGGAUCCACCGCGAUGAAGAAAGGGGAUGUAACCAAGAACCUCGAGAGGAAAUUCUCGAUGUUAACUUGGGAUGCCAUCCCGAAUGCCCCGACUGCUCCGAGAAGCAGUCGGGCGAACGAUGAUGUCGAGAGUAAUUGUAGUUCUGAUCUAUUUGAGAUCGAUAACAUAUAUGGCGAUGCUCUAGCGUCCGAUGGCAAGUCUAGCUGCAUGUCACCAUAUGCACCGAGUGAGACCAGCGUCAAAUGGAGCGUCGUCACUGCCGGAGCAGCGGACUGCUCGUUUGUUUCGGAUUAUGACAAAAGGAAAUCGAAAACAGUCAGUAGAGUGGCCAACACCACCAAAGAGGCACAGAGAAGUCGAUCAGGUGGGAUAUUGGGGUGCAGGAGUCACAAAGCAGCCAUGAUCGCCGAAACAGCUCACACACGAAAAGAAAAAAUGAAGAGUCCGAACACCAUAGAUCUUAACAAACUAUUUCCGUAAAAAUCAAUGGUGAUCAAGGAAGAAGCUAGGUGAAGAAUGUUUUCUAUAUGAACAAAAGUUUUCCUUUUUCGUUAUGUAAUUCCUCAUCAAGAAUAUUUGCAUGUAUAUAGCCCUUUCGACGUACUGAUUGUGUCUCGCCGGAAAGUUGAACAACAAUGGUCCAUAUAAUGUCGUGUCACAAAAAUGCACAACAGCGUGGGAACACAAGAGGAGAAUCUGAAUUUUGCUAGGAAAAUAGACCGAACUUUGUCCAAUCACUUAAGUUUCCAUUAUUGUUAUCAUGAUUUUCAACCAUGGGGACAUUCAUGUUUUGGGAGCUUUAUCAAAACAUUGAGCUUUGCAUUGACAU